AAAUCUAAUAAUGAAUUUAUCAGAUUCAGGAUAAGAGUCAUCAGAUGAUAAGGCUUUCACAAUUCCAAAAUAAACAAAGGAUUUAAGAGCUUGUCAAUGUUGUGGCUUUAUUCUAACUUAAGAAUAAUGGAAUAAAAAUUCUUAAUGUUUGAAUGGAUGUAGUGCUGAUUAAACAAAAUUAUUCACUGGGUAUUUAGAAUUUUGAGUUAUAGAGUAAUAUGUGUAAUGAAACCUUCAAAAAGUUGGGUUGUUAAGAAAUUAGGAAAUUAAAAAAAUAUCCAUCCAGGUUUAUAUGCAAUAGAUUUACAAGCAGAUUGAUUGAGAAAUGAAUAAUGAAAAAC